AUGACCAUCCCAGGGCCCCGAGUUAGUCACCAGCAGCCGCAGAAACCCCAACCGCAGCAGCAGGAGCAGCAGGAGCAGCAGAAACCCCAACCGCAGCAGCAGCAGCAGCAGCAGCAGCAGCAGCAGCAGCAGCAGCAGCAGCAGCAGCAGCCGCAGGAGCAGCAGCAGCUUAAUCAGCAGCAGCAGCAGCUUAAUCAGCAGCAGCAGCAGCAGCAGCAGCAGCAGCAGCAGCAGCUUAAUCAGCAGCAGCAGCAGCAGCAGCAGCAGCCGCAGCAGCAGCAGCAGCAGCAGCAGCAGCGGACCCGUGAUUUCGACGCGGUCUCCGGGCCUGCAGGCGUCGACGAGGUCGUCGUAGGCGAAGACUGUGAGGCUUUGGGGAGUUUCUCCGGGGCUGAGAAGUUCGGGAACUUCGGAGAGUUUGAGAAGUUGUUUGGAAGCAAAAGCACUUUGCUGCAGCCACAGGGCCAGCGACCCCACAGCGCCGCAGCUGCUGCAGCGCUGCGGCUGCACCACGUCGCCGUUCAGCACGCAGCAGUACACUUCCUGCAGGCACUGGCCUCCGCUCCGCGGGUCCCGCGCUGCAGCAGCAGCAGCAGCAGCAGCAGCAGCAGCAGCAGCAGCAGCAGCAGCAGCAGCGGCAGCGGCAGCGGCCGUGGGGCUCGAGAAAAAAGCAGAAAAAACGCUUUUCGAAGCAUGCAGAUUCGCCGCCGCGCUGUCUAG